UAGCAGGAUUGUUCAUGUUGUAAUAGAUAAAAGGGACUGUGGGAAAUUAGUGAUAAGCCUCAAAAUACAUAAAAAACAAAUCAAAGGUGAUUAAGACAUUAUUUUUAAGCAAAUAAAACAUUCCCAGAGGCAGAGCCUGUAGGAGGUAGGGAGAGGAGGGGUCAAUGCAUACAUGCUCAGAAGAGUCUGUUUGGAGAACGUAGUGUGAACACGACAGAAAAGGAAUCCUGAGUCCAGUUCCGGCCUCCCAUUCACAAAUGCAGUAAGACUCUCUGGAGAAGUUUGGUGCAGAGCUACUUCUAGAUACUGCUCUAACCAAGGGGCAUAGUCAUCUCCCAUCACUUGUCUCCAGGAAGUGAUUUUGAUAAGUUAUGAAGCUGUCGGUUCUUGGUGCAACAGGUCAAUCUGGUCAGUUUCUGGUCUCACAAGCACUACAGCAAGGCCAUGAAGUGACAGCACUUGUGCGGAAUGUCACCAAACUGACUAUUCAACAUAAAAAUUUGAAGGUGGUGGAAACAAACAUCUUUUCAGCAGAACAGUUGUCGGGACAUUUUCAAGGUCAAGAUGCUGUCAUUUCCUGCUUGGGCUUCCCCUACAAGAUCUUCUCAGCAAUUUCAGGAUACACAGAUUCAAUGGAAGCAAUAGUGGCUGCCAUGCGGCUAGCCAAAGUGAACCGUGUAAUAACCAUGACAUCAUGGUACACUUCCCCUGAGUCUGGACAGAACUCUCCACUGAUGGUGCGUUUUCUCCUCCUGCCACUCAUCAGAAGUGUGCUUAACAACAUGAAUCAGAUGGAGAACUACUUAGAGAAGGAGUGCAGUGACCUCAGCUGGACGGUAGUGAGGCCACCAGGACUUCAAAAUGUUCCAGCCACAGACAAAGAAAUCCUGACUCACGAAGGCUAUUUUGUUCCUGAUCCAAAUGGUUACCCGGUAACCAACUCAGUGGCAAGAGGGGAUGUAGCUCGCUUCAUGCUGUCUCUCCUCAGCAGUAACGAAUGGCUAAAAAAAGGAGUGGCAAUGUGUACAAACUAGAGGUUGUAUUUUUCUUUGUCAGGAUAACAUAAGUACCAACCCCAAAGCAGCAGCAAAGAACUUUCAAGCACUUAUGACACAAGACAGACUUUUUAAAAAGAAAAUUUUAUUAAGGCAAAAUUACAAUAAAAUAUUAACAGACUAUAUCAUACAUUACGUAUUCGGGAUCAAGUUAAUAUUCAAAGAACCUGGCUAAAGAAGUUGCAGUUUGUUUGAAUCUUUGCUUGUCUUGUCACAAAAGAAUAAUUUUCACUCACGAUCCUUAGAGGUGAUAAGCACCAAUAAUUCCCUCGGAAGUAAAUGAGAGCUUUAUAAAUGUAAAUGUGGGUGUUCCACAUCUCCAUUAAAUUUGGCCCUAAAUGUUUUCUAUAGUUAUCAAAUGCCUCAGCUUUGCUCUACCAUAUAACCACUCACAAAAGACAUUUACUGCUUCAGGUACUCCAUCACCACAACUGUUAGGCUUGAUUCUCUUCUCACAGUGGCUUGACAGCAGUGUAACUGCACUGGAGUUGCUCUUGAUUUACACUAGUGUAAGUGAGAGGAGAAUCCAGCCCAUAAUCACUUUUUGUACCUAGACUGUUAGCCUCCUAACUACUGUAUGUUGUUUAUUCUACUCUUCAGCUAAAAGACAGAAUCCUAUAAUUUAGGAAAUCUAAAUAUAUGAACAGUGAGCUACAAACUUCUUGUAGAUUUAGGAGUUGAAGGUCAUGUCAUUAAAUCACAUCAGCACACAACCAUUUGUCAGGUCUGAUUAAAUUGCUGCUUGGCGGUCUCCCUCAGCUCUUUUUAAGGGAAGCCAUUCUAGGAUAUAUAAUCAAGGCAGCAUUGUAUCUUCAAAUAUCGGGGAACAGAUUUGAUAUUUUUAUAUUGAAUCUUACAGGGUUUUUAAACCAGUUAAUUGUUCUUAAUGACACUCUGUGCCUUGCUGUAUUCUGUUUUUAAAGUUGAAAGUCUUUUUAUAUUACUUAAAAUUUUGCAGAUUUUACUAGUUGUCAUCCUCCUAUCUUUGAUAUUGUUAGAACCAACACUGUCUUCAAUGUCAAAAUACCAGUGAUUGGACUAUGGAUAAGAAUGGCUAAUCACAGCUGAGUAUACCCUGCCACUAGGGCAGACGUGCUUGGUAAUGCUAUGCCCAAACAACCCACCGUGGACAUGCUGCCUCCUCAGUGCAGGUUCCCUAAACCUUUCGGUCCAGGUUCCCAACCACCUUCUUCCUGAGUGCAAGCUCCCUUUUCCACUCUUCCCUCUGCAAGGUUUCCCCCAUUACCACCACCCAAACCUCCAGUCUUCAUCCUCCUUCCACACUCAGUGCAGGUUGAUAGUUAUCCUCAUUACCUCUAAUCACACAUUAAGUACUGGCCCUUAUUGCUGGGAACCUCUGUCAACAGUGGACUCAUUCCCAACUCCCUGGUCCAUACUGCUGGCAGUUGUUCACUUCCUCUUUAAAGACCUGAUCUGCUGGGUGCUUUGGAGUUGAUGGGAGUUUUUCCCAGAAGCUGCACAGGAUCAAAUCCUUAACAGGGCAUCAGUUAUCCAUGACCCUAACAGAGAACUUACACCUUUUUAUACUCACUUUGGAUAACUGCACUUUCUGUGACAGUGUCAGGACAGUCAUGAAUGCUGUGAAAACCAAAAGAACAUGAGGUCUAUCUUACAAAAACAUGAGGUCAUUCAACGGAAAGUGAUUGGGUUUAACUUAGUUUUUAUCCAGAUGUCUAGUUUUGAAUGAUUUUUGUUGACUACUUUCAGAGUAUGGUUAUUAUUGUGAAUCAGUGUUUUUUCUUAUUCCUAUCUCAGUUAACUGUACAUGUUCUCAAAGCAUCUCAGCCAACCUGGACACAGUUUAAAAACAACUUUGCAACACUCAUCACUGAUACAAAUAGGUUUUUAAAGAUGCACAUUGCAAAGAUAAAUGAUGAUCAACCUAUUUUAAAGUAUAAUAAGCUAAUUAUUUCUCUUACCAAUAAAAUACAUCUCAUUUAU